UUGUACGUAAUCUUAUUUCACAUUACUUGCACUUUUACAAUAAUACGUCGAUGAAAGCUUAUAUUUGUUAUAGAAUAGCUCUGAACAAGGAAUCUUAUAUCUUAACGGAAUUACUGUUACGCUUUCAUGACGUACGCUUGGUCUUCGAGAGAUGAAUGUCAUUCACUACUGAGAGCAUCGGUUCUUUCAGAUUGACUGUGCUUAAAAACUAAAAAUGAAUCUAAAUGGACAUGGAUAGAAUAGCAGAAUUAAUAAUACUGAUCAUACAAUAGAAGUGAUUCAAAACACAGCAGGCGGGCAUGAGUUGUAUCUCAGAGAUUAAACUCGGAGUUUGAGUUUAUCGAAACGAAUUUUGCUGUCGGAUAUCUUAAAAGACCGAAGAUUUCUCCAAAUUUCGCAAAAUACAUCAUAUGAGAAUCUGGGCUUCAAAGUGACAUUUGUUCAAUAUUAACACUUACCAAAAUGAGUAAAACAAAAAGAUCGCAAAAUACUCGAAGCAUGAGAGAGAGUAGCAGUGAUAUAUUCUUAUCGCAAGAUCAAUUUGGCACAAGCAGCCAAGUAAGAUCAUCACAACGAAGUACUAGAAAUUCAUCUGUUUUAGAAUCACAGUUAAUGAAUUCGCAAGACAUGGAAGCACAAGAGAAAAUGCAACUAAUUAGCAAUGUAAUAAGAUAUGUGUUUGCGGCAAAUACGAGCAAACAGCCUGUACAGAAGACUCAAAUUGUUAAGAAUGUACUGAAUGGAAAUGCCAGAUUAUUUCGUACAAUCAUAGAGAAAGUGAACAGAGAAUUGUCUGAGGUAUUUGGAUUUGAACUGGUGGAAAUCGAAAGCAAUAGAUAUAUAUUGGUGAAUAACAUAGAAAAUGAUCUUCCACAUCUUAUUUUCCAUAAUAGUAGUAAGCAAUUGCUAUUAUAUCUUGUCCUUGUUCACAUUUUUAUGCAUGGUGAAGCGUGCCAAGAAGAUAUAUUAUGGAAUUUUCUCCGUAAUCUAAACAUCAUAACUAACAACAGUUUCCAAAAUGAAUAUUUUGGUGAUGUGAAACAAUUGGUGACAGUAGAUUUUAUAAAUGAAAGAUAUCUUGAAAAAAUAGUAGAUAAGAAUGAUCCAUCACAAUUGGAGUAUAAGUGGGGAUCUCGAGCGGAAAAUGAACUGACUUAUCGCUCUGUCUUACAAUUUGUAGCAAAUAUAUACGGCGCUUCUCCAAAAAAAUGGAAAUUACAAUAUAAAACUGUGAUGAAACAAGAAGCAAAAUAA